AUGGAAGAUAACCGUCGCAAUGAAGAACAGAAGAAGCGUAAAAGGCAUCCGAAUCAAGCAUCGCAAGACGAAGAACCAAUGUUGGAACAAACGCGUCGCAUUAUCAAUAAUCUACCCAUUACACCGACCAUGUACGAUGGCACCUUUCCUGCGUACGAAGAUUUCAACGAUACUCUCGUGCCGGAUUCAUCCGUGUCCGAGCUAAGUUUCUCUUCCGAUUCCCCAGACAGUGAUUCCACCGUCCAUUAUCAGAGUGCCGGUCCGAUUAUUGAGCUUCCGUCUACUCCCUUGAAGGACCAUGACGACCAUUCUCGGGAGUAUGUUGAAUUUGAAACCAUCACACCGAGUACUAUAGGUGCGGCCCUAGGCUCCGGUACGGUGCUGAUGCAACGAUCGCUGGAAAAUCGGCUCGCGAAACAGCUCGAAGAAAUGCACGCUCUGAUGGACAACGAUGAGGAGAUAGUCGUACUGAAGCAACCAAGCAUCCGAUCGAUGGCAUCACACCCGGCCUUUAACAGGGAAAUGAUGCGUGGCUUUAUGGAGCACUCGGAAACGAUGUUCAACCUGGUGCACGAUAAACACGACAACAGUGUACAGUUUGUCAUUGGCAUUGAGGAAGAGGAACCAAACGACACGGAAGCACCCGGAUGUUCGCACAGAAAGUUUCGUCACUCUACAGCGUCCAUCGUAAAGGACAAUAAUCCAGAGAGCGAAUUUGUAGGAUGUUUCACUAAGGACAAUGACGUGGUGCUGUACAAGCGAACGAUGCAGGAAUCGCUAACAAACGAACGUGACGAUCGGAAAAGCAUCGAUGCCCUUAUCGCACACCACGCCGAAUGUCUGGUGGAAGCGGAUAAAAUCACCAGUCCGACAGUUCAUGUACGGCAAGGAAAUGAUAAUAAUCUGCUUGCUUUGCUGACGUUUUCCGACCAAUCGUCGGCCAUACUGAAAACAUCCGGUACAGUGGCGGAAGGGAUUCGUUCGGAAAAGAAACUCAACGAAGUGUUACUUAGCACCUACCGGCAGCUACUCGCUGAGCCGGAUGAAAUGAUUUCGAUGCAAACACAAGCCGCUUCCGUUUCUGCAGGUCCAAAGCAACAUGAUUCUGAAGGACCGCACCACAAACACCAGGUACGUUCCGGUGUAAUGAGUAAUCUAACGAACGCUACGUCCAGCUUUGGUCUUUCGAAUGAGUCUCCCGUUGGGAUGGUGGUACAGGGAUCCAGUAAGAAUUGGAUCAAAUGUCCCAAGACGCAACAUGCGGCGGAAAUCGUUCUCAAUCUGCGUUUGCUACUUGAAGAAUAUAUCCUGCGAAACAUUUCUGCAACGGGAACGGUUCUAAAGUUUGUCUCGCACGUUCUAUCGGAUGUGUUGCGAUGCGACCGGCAGGAAAUAGGAGACGACUUCCGGAAUCUUGAGUUGGUUGAUAAAAUCAAACGUGUAUUCGACGAGCUACUGAUGCCACAGGACCUCGAAGAUCCGUUGAGGAUGGUGAACCGAUUGCGUCAUACAAUUGAGCAAAUUCAAAACUAUCCGAUCCAAGCUCCAACACUCACGAAUGGCGAAGAUGCGUGGAACCGUGUGCUUGAAAUGUUGGAAAAGUUAUCUUGCGAGUUGGACCACGACAUAGACCAGCCGGAACAGUUCAUCGAAGCGUUACAAUAUGGCAUAAGAAGCGUUACCAGUUCGUCAAUCAUUUGUAACGAUCAGCCAGCGACAAAAGUUGUCUCGAUUGAUCCUUCUUCUGUUCAAGUCGACUCAAUGUUUCCCAGUAGUUCUAGCAUUCUAGAGAUUGAUCGAUACGAAGCACCCUCGGUAUCCUUCUGCAAACCAUACGCUUGUUUUAUAGAGCGAAUAGUGAUGUGUCUUUGGACGGCUCUCGUGUGGAUAUUGAAUCAAAUGAACAGUUUUUGGGACUUUCUCAACAGUCCUCCACCGGCGCUUCUAUCUGACCCUUCAGUUACCUUUCAUCCGCUCGUUUCUGAGGAUGGAAAGCUCAUUCAACUGCGUCAGGUCAAUCGUGAUCAGCUCAAUCAAGCAACAAACGUGUUACGAAUGGCGUUGGAAAAAUCUUCACCCCGUACUUCGGAAACGGAAGAAACCAAUCGCUCGGUGAACGAUCGUUCAAUUGAGAUGUUCGCCCAACUGCUUCAUCAUGCUGGUAACAUUGAGCUUAAGCAAUCCGACUCACAGCACAACAUCCACCUGCAGCUACACGCGAGCAUCUCAGGGGUGUUGGAAAAGCGAGAGGCGGACGAGUAUUUGACGAUGGCGGGAAACAUUCGUGACCAUGAGGCUAACGUGGCUGUAUUUUUCGAAGCCCGUAUCAUCGAUAUGGAAUCGCUGGCAGAGGUUGAAUCGGUGAUGGAAUGCGUAACCAGAAUCGAGCGACUAUCGGACGAUGUGGACAACAAUGAAGUGUUGUCGGAGGAAACGGUUGUUCAUCCCUUUCCAGCCAGGCUGCACGAUGAUGAGCAGGUUGUAAGUGAGCUCAUACAGGAGAUGGUAUCGAAUGGUAUCUAUGAAGAAACUUCGCAGUUGGUCAGCUCCGCAGGGCCAGAACAGUUGCUUCGGGAGAUCAUGCUUUGUUUGCAGGACCUUUUGGAACCGGUGACAACAGCUGUAAACACCAUAUACGAACAGUUCGCAAGUGGCAGUGCUGAGAAAUCGUUUGCUACUCAGGCGGACGGAUCGAAUGAACGUUAUACAGUAGAGAUGGAAGAGGCCACAUUAUAUCCUGUGAACGACGAACAAUUUCAAAGUAGGAGUAAUUCAAAUAUGGAUGUUUUAAUUUCUAAUGUCAAAAACGAGGAUGAAAUAGUCGAAACGAACACUACGGCGUUACAACAAUCAACAAGAGAUUCACAGUUUGCAGAACCACUUCAAGAGUUACUGGCGCUUUUCCACGUCACAAACGAUCGGCUUGAAGUGAUGGAUUCCGAUAUUGCGACUAUUAGAAAUCAGGUACAGCAGUUGGUUACUCUACAGCAGCAACAGCAUGGUCCUUCUGAUGGAACUAAAGCAGUCCGUCCCGAAGAGCGUCGAUCACGUCGGAUAGCUUCGUUAAAACCUGUAACGACGCAAACUCCAUACGAAACUCAACUGACUCAAUGCCCGAUGCAACGUAAACCGACACUAUUUGAGCAGAGUGGUUCAUACUGUCCAACGGAAAUAUACUCCUGCAAUGCCGUCGCACCGGAUGUGCUUGUCGUUCACUGGAGAGUGUUGGACGAGCAUGUACUACACUGCAUAACAGGAUUCGAGAUUUACAUCGACGAUAGUCUGCGUUCUAUUUGCUAUUCCAACAAGCGAAGAACGGCUUUGAUUGGCAAUAUUGAUCUACAGAACCAUCAUCAUAUUGCGCUGCACAUAACAAUUCAACCCGAUUCGGGUGGAGCAUGCAAGACGGCAGCUCAAUGGGCUCCAGCAUUCUUCCUCUAUCACACAUGA